AUGGACAACCACGACGAAGACUGUGACUUAGAUGUUAACAUCGAACACUUCGAAACUGACCGUCUAAAUUUUAAACUCAGCGCUAGGAACUUAUUUGCCAACAAACAACAACAACAGUUGUUCAACAAAAACUUAUUUGGCUCCAGCAUCACCUCCAACAACAACAGCAACAACAACAACAACAACAACAACAGCAGCAACAGCAACAGUAGCAGCAAUAGUGGCUCCAGCAAUAUCAUUUUGAAGAAAUUGUUGAGUCAAGAUGACGAUGAUGACAUCAAUGACGAUGACAUCACCUUGAACAACAACAACAACAACAAAAACAACGAUAAAUUCAAAAACAACAACAAAAACAACUUUACAACGAACGAAAGCAACAACAACAACAACAACUUUCAAAAUGUCGACAACAACAAAAAUAUCAACGAUGCUAAUAACAUUAACAACAUCAAAUUUAGUGGCAGCAAUUGUCUUGAAAACCGCCAGAACAACAACAACUUAGGUAAACAUUCUAAUAAUGUAAAUAUUAAUGUCAGCAGCAUUAAAAACAGCAUCAACUCUGGGGUGCUGUCGUUGUUAGCUGGCAAAAAUUUUGGCGAAGUUUUCCCCGGAGGAAUUUGCAGCCAGCUAAGGAAAGGCAUGGACUACAACAUACGCAACAACAACAACAACGUCACCAACAACAGCAACAACAACAUCAACAACAACAACAUCAGCAACG